AUGCCACCCACCACUGCCUCCGCGUUGCCUGACCCAAUUCAGCCUACCAUCUACUACAUGGAAGCUGUAUUGCCAGUAGAACUACAGUCAGUGACCAAAUUACUGCAUUUCUCGGCCUCUACCAUAGAUUCGCACGGAAAGAACAUGCUACCUCCUCCAUUUUCCAGAUCCUCCAUUAGUUUUCUGGCAACCCCCUCUCCUGUAUCCUCCUCCAUGUCUUCAUGUUCGACCUUGGGAGAUGAUGACGAGUCCAACCGCGAAAGCAGCAGUAUCUCGUUGCCACUAAACCCUGCAAAAGACAACUCAAACAAGCUGAUCCAUGGGAAGCAGUACGUUUGUAAAUUCUGCUUCAAGAAAUUUAUGCGGCCCUCUUCGUUAAAGAUCCACAUUUAUUCCCACACAGGCGAAAAGCCAUUCAAUUGCACCCAUCCCGGUUGCAGGCGAAAAUUCAGUGUUCAGAGCAACAUGAGAAGACAUUUGCGAGUGCAUUCAAGCUAA